AAUCUGUGCACGUAGUUCAUGUUUUUAACACUUCCAAUUAUUUAUUAUCUACAUGUAGUUAAUAUCAUUAGGCUAAAUCGCAACAAUGUCUGACCAAGAACAGAUAGAUGUAACUACAACAGAAGACGCUACAGAGCCUUCUACAAAGACAACUUCAUCAAGAUGUGGAUAUUGUGAUUGUGAAAAAGAAGGCUUACCUGUGUUUCAUUGCAGUUCUUGUGCUAAAUGGGUUCACACAAGCUGCCUUCGUUCAGAAUCACCAUCCCCUCUAUUGUUCGAUAAUUACUACGUAUUCAAAUGCAUAAGUUGUUCUGAAGAUGGAAAAGAAAGUUUUAUUAGAAUGAGAAUAACAUGGAACCAGGCAACUGCACUCUCUCUUUUUAACAUGGCCCAAUCUGAUCCUGGGAAACAAGGAUUUUUCAAAUGGAAAGAAGAUAUUUGUGAUUUUGUUGAAACUCAUUGGGAUGUAUUGUUCGAGUCAUACAGGAUGAAAGUUGGGGCUUGGAUGAAUACCAUUGCAUCAACCAUGUCAGCUGGCAACCCUCAUCAAUUUACAAGUGGAUAUGGAUUUUUCAAGGAAUCAGGAUGGUGGAAACUAACUGAUCCUACCAAACCCCCCGAAUACACUCCAUCUAGUGAUUCGAGGUUCAGAGAAGGAAGAUCAAAAAAAUUUAAAUCUGGAUCAGCAAUGACUCCUUCACCCAGUCUAGGACGAACAGAAGGAUUAAGAAAAAGAUCUUAUUUGUCAUCUGCGUUCAACGCCUCACAAAUUAAAGAGAAACGAGCUAAAACACAGAAUAAUGAGGAAAUUCGGAAGAUUGAGUUUCUUAAAGAUUGUUUGAAGUCUGAUACUUCGUGUGAUUCAACAUCUUCACAAAUAUGUAACGAAACGAUGCAGACUUCAAAGACUCCUGCAAAAUCCGGUAAAAUUGAAGAUGUAGAUGAAAGUAAGAAGAAUUCAUCACCAGUUCCAGAAGAUUCUCCUCCAUCAUUCAAAGGAUGUGGAAGUCCAUUAUCAUCUCCCCUCAGUAGUCCAAGAUCAUUAUCUGUGACAAGUAUGCUUUCCAAAGGUGAUAUAAUGCCUGAUAAUACUUUGCCUUUGUCAAUAUUAAGCGAUGAUUCUGAUCUAGAAUUGGAUAAAACUAAAAAUAAAAGACCGGAAACACCAGAGAAAUAUUUUACACCUUUGCCAGCAUCUUCAGCAACAUCUACACCACAACCGUCAUCUCCUAACACAGAAGUUAAUGAUAAUCCAAUUCUUUUGGAUUCUUUUUCCACUUGUCAGCAUUCAACUGAAUAUGAUUUAUCCAAUAUACAAUCUGCGUUUUCAGCUGUAUCGAAAAGAAAGUUCAUCACUGUUGGUGCUGUGAAAAAGACAACUUCAGAUGUACCAAAAUUGCAGGAAAUGAGUUUGUAUGAAGAACGAGAAUUAUUAAAGAUACUCGAAUCCUAUGGCUCAUUGUUAAAAGAACUUCCUGAAGCUUAUAGAUUGAGAAGAAAACUCAUAGUUAGACAGAAAAAAAGAGAACUCAACAUCCCUAUUGUGAGCUUUGAUGCCACUGUUCAUCGUUUAGUCGCUCAAAAACAAGGAAUAAAAUUACCAGAAGAAAAUAAAACGACCCCAAUUGGUUAUGCAGUUGGUAUUGUACCUAACACAAUGUUAUCCUCUCCCCAUCACAGGAUUUUAGAUAGAUUCCAGAUGUCAGGUACAAUUAUCAAUUCUGAAGUUCAUCAAAAAAGAACAUUUCGUCAGAAGUUGAUAGGUUGUGAUGAAGUUCUGCAACCAAUUGUUAGUCCUUAUACACAAAGAGUUUUAAAGCCAUACAUCAGAAGAGAUUACGAAUCAAAGCCACCUAAGUUAGCACUGAUGGAAGAAUUAGUUGCUAAAUACAAUGAAAAAUUAAAGCAGUCCAACACAGAAACGCCUGCACCAAUUGAUUACUGUUAUGUCGGACCUCACCAUAUUCCUACAAUAAAUUCAAUGUGUCAUCAUUUUUUCUGGCCUGGAAUAGAUGUUUCAGAAACGUUGCAAUAUCCUGAUUUUAGCAUAGUUGCUUCCUAUAAGAAAAUGGUGAUAGGAUUUGGAUUCAUGGUGCCUGAUGUUAAUUUCAACGAAGCAUAUAUUUCAUUUCUGCUUGUUCAUCCUGACUGGCAGCAUUGUGGGAUUGGAACAUUUAUGACUUAUCAUCUUAUUCAGACUUGCUUAGUGAAAGAAAUCACACUCCAUGUGUCAGCAUCAAAUUCAGCCAUGUUACUUUAUCAAAAAUUUGGGUUCAAACCUGAAAAAUUCAUUUCUGAUUUCUAUGAUAAGUAUUAUCCAAUCGAUACUGAGGAAUGUACUCAUGCAUUCUUCAUGAGAUUAAGAAGAUGAUAGGCUUUCUUGGAAAAAUGUUUUUGUUCAGAGGAUUCUGCAACUGGCCAGAAUAGCAAAGAAACUUUCAAAUUUCUUCUGCCCAUGAGACGCUAAUACUUUCGUGUAUUAAUGAACUGAUAUGAAUUUGUUAUUAUGGGUACCAUAGUUAGAUAUUGCAGUCUUGCCAUUCAUUGAUAUCAGUAGUAAUAGUUGAACUGGAAGGAAGAGAAUUUGUGUAAGUUGAUGCCUUCUUGUCAGCACUCAAUGCUGAAAUGCAUUGUGGCAUAAAGGUACUAUAGAUGUAAACCAUGUGUAACUGAUAUGUAUCAAAAAUUUGAAAUUAGUUAUGUCAGGUUUAAAAAAAUUAGGAAUUUUUUUUUGACUAUUAUCAGUUGGAAAAUUGUUAUUUUCAACUCUUGAUGUACAUCUGAUGACGAAAGACCAAAACAGGCUAACUUAUUGGAAUUACAGUAAGAAUCGAUCAAAACAAUGUUUUUCUCAUAUUUCCAAUAUUGUUGAUAAGUUGCAAUUUUUAGUGGCUCAUGUACCAUAUCUGAAUAUUGUUUAGAAUCACAAAUAACAUUUUCACUGGCUGUAAUAAACCCAACUCUUUAUUUCUGAAGCACACAUAAAUGGUCAUGUUCCAAUAAAUCUGCAAGGAUGUAUUAAUAUAUUUGCAAGCUAUUAUUAAAAGUGUCAAGUUCUAAAAUCGAUUGGCAUCGAUAUGCUGGACUUCAGUGAUUUGAUAUGUCUCUAUUUAUUGUGAUCAUGUGACAGAAUAUGUCAAACUGUACAGAUUUACAAAAAGAUGAGAAAUUGUUGUUAAGGAACAUUUUCUGUUUGCAAUCAUACUUUGAAAACUAAACUGCCUUUCUUACAUUUUAGAA